GGAUUUCUUGGUUCUCCAACAUUUUAUGCUAGGGUACUAGUUGAGCCCAUGGAUGAUAUUGAUGCUGAUUCACUAAAAGGUGCUGCUGAGCAUCUGAUUGAGACACUACAAGAUCCAGCUGUGAUAAUCCUAGGCUCUUGUCCAGGUGAAGGGAAAGUGAGUUUAGUUGCUGCAUUCACUCCAACGGUGGUUGAUCUGGGUAUUCAGGCUGGAAAAUUUAUAAGUCCUAUAGCUAAGCUGUGUGGUGGAGGAGGUGGUGGCCGUCCCAAUUUUGCUCAAGCAGGUGGAUGGAAGCCUGAGAAUCUGCCAAAUGCCCUAGGAAAGGCUAAGGAAGAUCUUGUCUCGCUUGUAUCUGAAAAGGCAAGCUGAUAUGAUUACAAUAAGCGUAUGAGAUCGAAUAGCAUCCAAAAGCUUCAAUACAGUUCUGCAUAGAUC